AUGGCGCACGCUGCUGGCUUCAAACACGGCUUGGGAACACUAAGCAUUGAAGAUGCUGAACAUGCUUCCAAAGGCCAUGUUAAGCCCAAGUAUAUGGGCACGGUAGCUGAUCGAAAAGAUAUGAAUAUUCUAGGUCGAGUCCAGGUUCUACGGAGAAACUUCCGCUUUAUCUCAAUUCUUGGGUUCGGUUGCACAUUGAUUUCCACGUGGGAAGUCAUAUUAACGCUGUUGAGUGCUGGCUUGACCGAUGGUGGUACUGCUGGCUUGAUAUGGGGUUUCAUCAUUGUCUCGGCAGGGUUCACUCUUGUCUUCGCCAGUAUAUCUGAGAUGGCAUCAAUGGCUCCGACAUCUGGGGGCCAGUAUCACUGGGUAUCCGAGUUCGCCCCUCGCAAGUGCCAGAAGUUCCUCAGCUAUAUCACAGGCUGGCUCUGCGCGAUGGGAUGGCAGUGCGCUAUUGUAUCUAUUGCAUUCCUUGCCGGCACCAUUAUCCAAGGACUGAUUGUCCUCAAUGAUUCAGCUUAUAGUUUUCAACGAUGGCACGGCACUCUUCUUAUAGUAGCCAUUACCGCAUUCUCUAUCCUUUUCAACACUUUUCUGGCCAAAAAUCUUCCAAUGGUGGAAGGCCUGAUUUUGAUGCUUCAUGUCAUCGGACUGUUUGCGAUCAUAAUCCCUUUGUGGGUGCUUGCUCCCCGUAACAAUGCCAAAGCUGUUUUCACGGCGUUCAACAACGGCGGAGGGUGGGACAGCCCUGGUACUGCGACUUUGGUCGGCCUGUCAACCACUAUUACCUCUAUGAUCGGAUAUGAUUGCUCGGUGCAUAUGUCCGAAGAAAUCAAGGAUGCUUCAGAAACGCUACCGAAGGCAAUCAUGGCUUCUGUUGGAGUCAAUGGUGUUUUGGGCCUUAUCAUGAUAGUUACACUGUGUUUUACUAUGGGUGAUGUUGACAGUAUUCUCAACACCCCGACCAAGUUUCCGUUCAUACAGAUCUUCUACAACACCACCAAUAGCUAUACGGCAACAAAUGCAAUGACUGCACUUUUAAUAGUGGCGUUGACAGCUAGCACAAUCACAGAGGUGGCAACAGCGUCUCGACAGUUGUGGUCUUUUGCGAGAGAUGGAGGACUCCCAUUCUCAACCUUCUUCUCUUAUGUCACACCAGGGUGGCACAUCCCACUCAAUUCAGUCAUGGUCUCUCUUGGAGUGACUAUUCUCCUCUCUCUAAUCAACAUCGGCUCCUCUGUAGCCCUGCAAGCCAUAGUAUCCCUUACAAUCACCUCUUUGAUGUCUGCUUAUAUCCUUUCUAUUGGCUGCAUUGUCCUCAAACGAAUCCGAGGCGAGCCUCUUCCGCCCCGGCGAUGGUCUCUCGGAUCUUUUGGCCUGGUGAUAAAUGUUGCGUCAUUACUAUUUCUAUUCCCGAUUUUUGUAUUCGCCUUUUUCCCUCUCGUUGCAUCUGUUGACAAGCAGACUAUGAAUUGGAGUGUAGUCAUGUAUGUAGGACUGAUUGGCUUUGCAUCGGUGUAUUACUGGGUUCGAGGGCGACAUCAGUUUAUUGCGCCGGUGGCGCUUGUCAACAGAGCGAAAUAG